AUGGCAGCCAUUCGAUUUAUACCGCUGAAACACAUGGCGGGCAUCAGCCUGCUUGGCAGCGUGCUCAUCAAGUUUCUUAAUCUGCUUGACAAUAGGGCGCAAUCCGUCAUUGUCUUCUUCGCUCUAUUCGCCGCACAGGCCACCAUAUACUCGGCAUAUGCGAUCCUCGUCUACCCUUUCUUCGUCUCGCCUCUUCGACACCUGCCCCAGGUCAAGGGCGGACUACCACUCAUCGGCCAUGGAAUCAACAUGCGUAAAAAGGGCGUUGGCGUCAUGGCAAAGGAUUGGAUUAGCGAAAGCCCCAACGACGGCUUGAUUCGCGUCAUGUGGCACUUCAACCAAGAAAUGGUCAUCGUCAACUCCCCGCAGGCCCUCUCCGAGCUCCUCGUCACCAAGUGCUACAGCUUCGAGAAGCCACUCUUCGCGCGCAAGUUCCUCGCCCAAAUCAUCGGUUGGGCGCUCCUCACCGUCGAGGGUGACGUGCACAAGAAGCAGCGCCGCGACAUGCUGCCUGCCUUCUCCUUCCGCCACAUCAAGGACCUGUACCCCCUCUUCUGGCGCAAGUCGUGCGAGUCCGUCCGCGAGAUGACCGCCCAGGCCGACGCCGCGGGCUACCAGGAGGUGGACAUCUCCGGCUGGACGGCGCGCUGCGCGCUCGACAUCAUCGGCCUCGCCGGCGUCGGCGUCGACUUUGGCUCCAUCAAGGACCCGGAGAACCCGCUGGCCAAGAGCUACGAGCUGCUGCAGCCCGACGAGGCCGACAUGGUGCUGAUCGGCAUGCGCGCGUUCCUGCCGGACAUCAUCAUGGACCACCUGCCGCUGCAGCGCGUGCGGGACGCGAAGCGCGCCUCGGCGCACAUCCGCGGCGUCGCCAAGGAGCUGAUCCGGGAGAAGCGCCGGCUACUGGACAACAAGGAGGAUGCCGGCCUGGACAUCCUGACCGUGGCGCUGGGCGGCCGGCUGUUCUCCGAGGACGCGCUCGUCGACCAGAUGAUGACCUUCCUGUCCGCCGGCCACGAGACGACGGCCUCGUCGCUCAUCUGGGUGACGUACUUCAUGGCCAAGUACCCGCACAUGCAGGAGCGGCUGCGCAAGGAGGUCCGCGACACGCUCCCCUCGCCGGACAGCGACGUCGAGGUUACCAGCGCCGUCAUAGACUCGAUGCCGUACCUCAACGCCGUGUGCAGCGAGGUGCUGCGGGCGCACAGCCCCGUGGCGCAGUCGGUGCGCGUCGCGAUGCACGACACCACGAUCCAGGGCCAGUUCAUCCCCAAGGACACGCUGCUGGUGCUCGUCCCCUGGGCGACCAACACGGACCCCAAGCAGUGGGGGGACGACGCGCACGAGUUCAACCCGGAGCGCUGGCUGAGCCCGGAGAACGGCGGCACCAACGCGACGAACCCGGCCAGCGGCGGCGCGACGAGCAACUACGCCUUCAUGACGUUCCUGCACGGCCCGCACAGCUGCAUCGGCGGCGCGUUUGCCAAGUCGGAGCUCGCGUGCCUGGCGGCGGCAUGGAUCGGACGGUUCAAGUUUGAGCUUAAGAAUAAGGCGAUGCUGGACGCGAGCAACAUCAAGAUCAACCCGAGCGUCGUGGCGAAGCCCGACGGCGGAAUGGAAAUGCGCGUCCAGGUGGUGGAGGGAUGGUGA